CACUUUUUUGGGUCGGACUACUGUGCUCUCGGAAUGAAUUAAAAUUCUAUUGAGCUGGACCCCUGGAACUGUAGCAUGCUUUAAUUCAUUCACCAAAAGGUCAACGAGAAGGUGCGGCUUGAAUUGGAAAGUAUACAAGUAAAAUAGUGGCUAUCGGCCUAUUCCACGAUGGUCAAAUGACGGUUUAUGACAGCCGAGCAGAAGAAAAGGCCUACUUUUGCAGGAUUAUCUAUAGAAUGAAAUAUUUGUGUGAAGUAGACCUUAGAAGCUAGGAUCUUGAUGGGGUGCUUAUACUCGAAAAACGCCAGGAAUGUCCCUGGCUAUGAGGAACCUACUGUACUUGCUGCUGAGACGCCUUUUACAGUAGAUGAAGUACAGGCAUUAUAUGAGCUAUUUAAGAAAAUUAGCAGCUCCAUAAUUGAUGACGGGCUUAUCCACAAGGAAGAGUUUCAGCUUGCUCUGUUCAGGAACAGAAACAGGAGGAAUUUAUUUGCAGACAGGGUAUUUGAUCUGUUUGAUCUAAAACGCAAUGGAGUAAUUGAAUUUGGUGAAUUUGUCCGAUCUCUGGGCGUGUUUCAUCCAAAUGCACCUAUGGCUGACAAAAUUGCAUUUGCAUUCAGGUUGUAUGAUCUAAGGCACACUGGUUAUAUUGAAAGAGAAGAGUUAAAAGAGAUGGUACUGGCUCUUCUGCACGAAUCAGAUCUCGUGCUUUCAGAUGAUGUUGUCGAAAUGAUCGUGGAUAAGACAUUCAAAGAUGCAGAUACCAAAGGUGAUGGAAGGAUUGAUCAAGAAGAGUGGAAGGAGUUUGUGUCGAGGUAUCCAUCCCUUAUGAAGAACAUGACACUUCCAUAUCUGAAGGAUAUCACGUUAGCAUUUCCAAGCUUUGUUUUAAGCUCUGAAGUUGAAGAUUCAGAAAUGUUGGUUGAGGUUUAAAGAAAAACUGUUGCAAGGAUGCAAGCUUUGCAACUAUCGGAUGCAAGAAGUUGUUCUAAGCAGCACAAUAUAUAGUUUGUGCAUUAGUUUCUAAGGAUGGUGGUUUUUACCUCGAGUACAGCUUAAUUAUAUAGAGAGAAGCUUUAGAUGCUGCUAAACCAUCUUGAAGUAGGCAACAUCCCCGUAACAGAACCUUUUUCUUUCCUUUUUUUUCCCUUUAAGCCUAGAGCG